CUGCGAAACGCUAAAAGCCUAAAACCCUCCGACAGUUUCCCGGCGGUGCGAGCAUUAUCCCAGAGAGAGGGAGAGGAUGGCGACCGAAGAAGAGAGCGCCGUGAAGGAGCCACUGGAUCUGAUAAGACUAAGUCUCGACGAGCGCAUAUACGUCAAGCUCCGCUCCGAUCGUGAACUCCGUGGCAAACUCCAUGCUUAUGAUCAGCAUUUAAAUAUGAUCCUUGGGGAUGUUGAAGAAAUUGUUACUACAGUUGAAAUCGAUGACGAAACUUAUGAAGAGAUUGUUAGGACUACAAGGCGGACAGUCCCUUUUCUCUUUGUUCGAGGAGAUGGCGUGAUUUUGGUUUCUCCUCCACUAAGGACUGCUUGAUCUAGAGAAUGAAGUCUCUGGCUUUCUGGUUUCAUUGAAGCACCUAUUGUCAAAUUUAGUUCUAAGCUGCUGUUACCGUAUACUCACAUAGUGAAGGAACAGCGGAGUCUGCAAAUCUUUAGGUCUUUAUGUGAUAAACUUUAUCUAUGAAUAGUAUGUUUAACUACUUCAUUUGUCUUAUGUAACAAUACUCAGCAUUCCAUGAGACUCAAGGACAGAUGUAUGGUGCCGUUGCUUAAAAAAACAGAAUUUUUAGU